AUUUGUAUUUUGAUAAAGUUAUUUUACCAAUAAUUGCAUUAGCAACUGUAGCAGUUAAUUUAGUAACUGAGGAUUCUGGAACUAAUAUAGAAUUAUUUGAUAUAAUUAUUUCAACAUUAUGGUUAAUUUCAUUCAUAUUGGAG